UUGAGGCGGCGGCUGCUGCUGCUCGGGAAGACGCGUUUGCCGCCGAGACCGGAGACUCACCCAGCCCAGGGAGGUUUAAAGUCAGCCAGGAUGGACACCAAAAGGAGAGUUUUGAGUUUUAGUGAAAGACACCAGAAGUUAGUAGAUGAAAACUUCCGCAAAUCGUUGCAUAUCCAAAUCUUGAAUAAGUUGGAGAGGCAAGCCAGGAACCAGGUCGUGCAAAAUGAAAACGACGAGAGGGUCGAACGGAAGAGAUUCCUCAGGGUGCUGCAGAAUGAGCAGUUUGAGCUGGACAUGGAAGAAGCCAUCCAAAAAGCAGAAGAGAACAAGAUGUUGAGGGAUCGACAGCUGGCGCAGGAAGAGAGACUUGCCAACGAGCUGGCCCGACUAAAGCAGGAGAGUCUGAAGGACGAGAAGAUGAGGCAGCAAGUGCGAGAGAACAGUAUUGAACUCAGAGAAUUGGAACAGAAAUUGAAAGCCGCUUACAUGAAUAAGGAGAGAGCUGCCCAGAUUGCCGAGAGGGACGCCAUCAAAUACGAGCAAAUGAAGCGUGAUGCCGAGAUAGCCAGGACCAUGAUGGAGGAGCACGAGAGGCUCCUGAAGGAAGAGAGCGUCAAGCAAGACCAGCGGAACAGGGAGAAGGCGCAGUACCACCUGGACCUGGGGAAGCAGCUCGGAGAGCAGGAGCGGAAGAAGCAGGAGGCCUAUGAGCAGCUGCUGAAAGAGAAACUCAUGAUUGACGAGAUAGUCAGGAAGAUCUACGAGGAGGACCAGUUGGAAAGACAGCAAAAAAUAGAAAAAAAGAACGCAACUCAGAAGUACAUUGACGAGUUCCAGAAGGAGCAAGCCCUCUGGAGACAGAAGAAGCGUGAGGAGAUGGAGGAGGAGAACAGGAAAAUUAUAGAGUUUGCCAACAUACAGCAGCAGAGAGAAGGCGAACGGAUGGCCAGAGUUCAAGAGACUGAGGAAAAGAGGGCCCAGCGCCAGAAUCUGCUGAUCCAGAAACUGGAAGAGAUGUUGCGGCAGCACGAGGACCUGGAGCAGGUGCGGCAGGAGCUGUACCAGGAGGAGCAGGCCGAGAUCCUGAAGCAGAAACUGAAGGAAGAAGCAGAGCAGAAACUGCGGAAGCAGAGGGAGAUGAAGCAAGACUUUGAAGACCAGAUGGCACUGAAGGAAAUAAUACAACAGGCCGCAAAAGAGGAGGAGGAGACCUUCAGAAAAGCCAUGCUGGCUAAGUUCGCUGAAGAUGACCGGAUAGAGCUCAUGAAUGCCCAGAAACAGCGCAUGAAGCAGCUGGAGCACAAACGGGCCGUGGAGAAACUCAUCGAGGAGAGGCGCAGCCAGUUCCUUGCAGACAAAAAGCGCGAGCUGGAGGACUUUCAGCUGCAGCAGAGACGGCAAGGCUGCAUCAAUGAAAUCAUUGAAGAGGAAAGGCUGAGACUCCUCAAAGAACAUGCUGCGAAACUGCUGGGCUAUCUCCCCAAAGGAGUGUUUAAAAGAGAGGACGACGUUGACAUGCUCGGGGAAGAGUUUAGGAAAGCGUAUCAGAAAAGGGGGGAAGCUUGUGAAGAGAAGUGAUCAGCACUGGCUGGACGGGUGAAACCUGGAUUUCUCAGAGCUAC